GGGAUAGCGACGAGCCGUUCGAGCGGGACAUGGAGAAUUACCCGUGUCUGGACUUCCUGUGGACGCUCCGUGACAUGGUGUGGGGGACAAGGCCCUCGUACAACCCGUUACGGAAACUGACGAAGCUGGACCCGCACGAUUGUGAUACGCUGGACAUGCUCAAGAACACGUGUCCGAAAGGACUGUGCCGCGAAUGCCAUGGCGAAUUGAAAAUCUGGAUUCGCGGGGAGCAGGACCGGGUCUGGAAGCGAUUGCCCGAUUUUUUCAGGCUUCAGUAGGUGUAUCAAGAAGGAAGAUGGCGGACCAUGUAUGGACGACGACUUCGCUCCUUCGUCAGGGCUAGACGGCCGCGCCGGUCACCGCCGUCCGUAGUAGCCACGAUGCAGCCAUGUUCAAGUUUUUCCGCACGUCGUCGGUGGACAACAUCCAACUUCUACAAUUCAACGACACAAUGUUGAUUUAUUUUAUUUGUCAC